AUGCCUUCUUCCAAUUACAGCGACUUCGCUUCUUGGAUUGGUGUCGAACAUGAAGACAACCAGCCUGAGGGUACUAUAACCGAGAUCAAUGGUGGCAGCGCCAACGUCGGCCAAGGUUUUGGAGGAAGCAAUAUCUGGCUCAGGACAAUCAAGGCGAAUAAGCCAAGCAUGAUGAUGGACAACAUCUUCAUAUACAUCGGACAUGGCGACGGAGCCCGGACUGAUGAUCUAGCUAAGGGUGCUAAGGGUGAAUACCGCUACCUUGACUGGAGCCGUAACAUGACUGCCAACCGAUUCAUAACUGAAUUUGCCCUUUGGCGCCAGACUAUCCCUCAAGGUGCACCUCCUGCAGGUUGGGAUGGAAUGACUAGUGACAUCAAUGCGGGCCGAGGCGGCGACAACCUCUACCUCAUCUGGAAGAGCGAUGUUUAUACUGGUUCCAAGUAA